AUGGACUGGAAGGCUGCUCGCUCACGACUGCCUCCCGUACGCACAGUCUGGGCAACGCUCCUUAAAACACGAAUCGCCAUCAUCGCUGUGACGGCGAUAAUAAUACUCAUUGUGGUUUGGGACGGAUAUCGCGGCACUGCGAAUGAGUGGCAGAGAUUCUACUGUUUUGGACCUGAUAAGUCACCUGUUGACAUGAGCUCGAAUGAGCAUGCACAAUGGACGAGUCACCUUCAAACACCCGUCAUAUUCAACCAUCACCACCCGGUGGAGAUCAAUGCCUCAGUCGUUCAGCACGUGGAUCUGAACAAGGUCAAGUCGACCGUCAAAGCUGCUGCGAACGAGGAGCGAGUCCUGAUCCUAACGCCCUUGCGAAACGCAGCGUUCUACCUCGAGAAGCAUUUCGAUCUGCUCUCACAACUCACCUAUCCCCACCACUUGAUCGACCUCGCAUUUCUCGUCGGCGACAGCAACGAUGACACCAUGGCAGUACUAUCGAUGGAGCUCGAGCGGGUACAAGCCCGAACAGACGGAGUCGCAUUCCACAGCACCAUGAUCGUGGAGAAAGAUUUCGGAGUGACUUUGGGUCAGGGCGUCGAGGAUCGACACGGCUUCAAAGCCCAAGGUCCUCGAAGAAAAGCCAUGGGCAAGGCCAGGAAUUUCCUGCUCUCGGCCGCACUCAAACCCGAGCACAGUUGGGUGUACUGGAGGGAUGUGGAUAUUGUGGAUAGCCCGGCGGAAAUUAUCGAGGAUUUCGCCAAUCAUGAUCGCGAUAUCCUGGUGCCCAAUGUGUGGUUUCACCGUUACAAGGACGGCCGGGAUAUCGAAGGACGAUUCGAUUACAACUCAUGGGUCGAAUCCGACAAGGGUCGUAAACUUAGCGCAACCCUGGAUAGGGAUGUUAUUCUUGCAGAGGGUUACAAAGAGUACGCUACCGGCCGCGACCACAUGGCCCGCAAGGGCGACUGGCGGGAUAACAAGGAUAUUGAGAUUGAGCUUGAUGGCAUCGGAGGUGUCAGCAUCUUCGUGAAGGCGGACGUCCACCGCGCAGGAAUCAACUUCCCUUGUUACGCUUUCGAAAACCAAGCCGAGACUGAAGGCUUUGCCAAAAUGGCCAAGCGCGCCGGCUACGGUGUCUUUGGACUUCCAAAUUACGUCGUCUGGCACAUCGACACGGACGAGAAACCCGGCAAUGCCUGA